AUGUCCGAAUUGUCGUCCGAAAAGAUCGCAAGGGCCCUAAAAGGAGCAGGACUUUCUUCAAAGCAGAGGAUUGAAGCUGCAACCGAAGCUUGGCUUAACGAUGAUCUAUUUUUUCCUAACAAGGAUGAUUUUCUCUUUGAGUGGCUAUGCAAUUUGUUAAUCCGAUCUAAUUUGAAAAACCCUAAUGAGUCUCCACUACUGAAUAUAGCUUAUUGGCAGCUACUUAACAAACUUAUGGAACACUAUGACGCGAGAGUAAAGCUGGAUCGCAAAAGAACCCCACCUGUCAUUCGUGCAUAUCUCGUCCUUGCAAUAAGCAGAGUUUUGGAGUAUUUGUACACUAAACUAAAAGACGAUGUGAAGAAACGAACAGAGAUGCUUACAGAACUAAACCAUUGUGUGCAACUCUUGUUCUCGAACUCAUUUACAUAUUCAUAUCGUCCUACAUUUGAACACAUGGCAAUCAUUGUGGAUCAGAUUGCAACUGGCCUGUCCAUUCAAAUUGACCUCACUAAAAAAGGAAGUCUAACCGAAGCUAAAUCAAUGGAAAAUCUUGCACGACUUUCCGAGAACAUUUUAGAACGUUAUGAUAGUCAAAUAAUCCAAGCAGGAAACCCGAGAAAGAUUUAUACUUCAAUUAUAGGAGGAUCCUUUAGAUCACUCUUGGCGAUUAGACGUCGUGUUCUUACACUAGAAGAUGGCCAGACAUACAUCGGUGUCUCCCAAAGGAUAACCGAUGUUCUUACAAAUGCCAUGUUCCAUCCCGACAAUAUUUCAGAAUAUGUCUCCCUUUUGAAAGACGCAUUUGCCAACGUCCAAAACACAAACUCACUUAAACAAAUACCUUAUGUAAAAAGUACAUUUGAUGAAUUGACAAGUAUGGUAACACAAUCAAAGGAUAAAGAAGUUUUAAUUGAUGCAUUGGAUGUCCUUCCUACUUUAUUUUCUAGCUUUGUGGUUGGAUUCCGUACAAAACGCGAGAUGCAAAUUUCAUCAACUAUGCAGGAAAUAGAGCGUACAGUAGAGUUUGGAUUUUUUAUUGAAGCAUUGUCUAUUCUAAACAAGGCAAGAGGAGGCUCCCCGAAGUUUUAUCUAAAGUCGCUCGGUGGAUUGUUGAAGCAGCUUCUUCAACUGAAUGUCUAUAGUGCUCGUAACGAUGAUAUUACUAAAUCUGAGCAGACUGUCCUAAACGUGAUCGGAGAUGAUAUGGUUACUUAUAUGAGUGAUCUAAAGAAGUAUGAUCAAGGCCUUAUAUUCGAUGUGGCAGACACUUUACUACAAAUUGAUCUCUCCUUUAUUGAGUCACGUAUUACUUCUUUCUGGCCUGGACUCUUAAACCCUGUCAAAGAAGCCGAGAAGUCAUGCUUGACAUUCACCAAAUCGGUAUUGCAAGUUUACUCUGCAUCAAGACAAAUUGAUAUUUUUGUCAACGAUUUUCUUGUCGCACUUGACGCCAUUGAUUUUGAAGACGCCUACACAAUUUUAGCCAAACCAUUGUUCUCAAGGGAAUUCUUGGAAGUGUUUGCGAUGACUGUCAAUAAGCAUAUGCCCGCAGCUCAGGCUCUUGCAAUCUUCGAACGUUUCGCCACCGAACUUUACACUGCUGCAAAGCAAGUAUCCCAAACUCCUGCACCGAAGAAACACAAGCGUUCUCAGGCACAAAAGGCAAAUAGAAAACCAGUUGCUCGUUUCAUCAUCGUUUAUCUUGUUGAAUAUGUUGGCGCACUUCGCCUUAGUCAGCAUCAACGUCGAAGCUUUGUAAAGGCGUCAAAAGACCUUUUCGAACAAUUUAUCCAACCAAGUUUAGAGCAGUGGAUGGAGUCAAAAACUGAUAUCGAAUGCACAGCUCUACCUGCUAUUCAGAUACAUUUCUCUUUGACCAACACAUUGUUUGAUGUUUAUUGGAAACACUUGGAGGAAGAUCAGCGCGAGUGGCUGGCAACGGUUCUUAAAGAGGUUUUUAAGAGCAAUUUUAAGAGAAAGACACAGAGUGCAAGAAUUUCAGUAGUUACCAGUGUUGAUGCAUUGCUUCAACAUGCUUACUUUGCAUCCCUUGUUAGUGAGAAUACCCCUGCUAGACAAACUUCCGAGUUAGUAAACACCGCUCUAGAUGCUAUAGUUGAUACAAAACAUGAGGAGGAAGUCUCUUGGGAUGGGACUCUUGUUCACUUAGAUAGCAGCCAGAAGGUUAAUCUUGCUUGUUGGAAGUUGAUCACAGAUGAAUGGUUUGACGUUGUGUGUCGCUUUGUUAGUAACGAGCAUGCUGAAAAGAUCUCCUCGAUUACACUACUAUCUUUGGUUCAUACUCCAAACUCGGAAAAUUACAAUCCUAAUGUUCUCACUUUCCAAGUACUCAAUAAAACCCUGCUACGGUCUGCCAACUUCUACGAAGCUAGAUGCUUGAAAGAUCACACUAUUAAAACUUUGGUAAAGGGACUUAUCGAGCUUUUCCGUGCCGAUAUUUUGGAGCAAAGCUCUAAUCCGUCAACAAAACUGUUGGCUCGCUCAAUAAUUGAUUUAAAGCUUGGUUUCGAAAACCCUCUCAAUUUAUCGGCUGAAGAUAUUUCCAGAUUACGAGAUACUUUGGAACCUUUGGAUGCAAUGGAUGAAGAAAUCAAUGAUGCUAGUACAAAAUGUGUUGAUCAAAUUGCUAUGUUUAUGAAGCUCUUCUCCCUUUUUCCUAUGGAAUACUAUGAUAAAGCUUAUCGUAGACAGGCUAUGGCAUUGUCAUUUUACGCUGAUGCCUGGGUUAUUUCCAACAAAUCUGCCGAUUCAGGAUCCCGCAUCAAAGCAUCCCUUGUGUGUCGAAAUCUUCAAGCAAGACUCAUCAGUACGCAUACAGUCAAACCUUUCUUGGUUCUUGAUCCCAAAUUUCUCAACUGGUUUGUUCAUUCUAUCAACGAACUUCCUACCAACAAUGACUUGAGCGUUAUGAAGCAACUGUCUUCUUUAAAGAAGCUAACCUCUGAUGUUAACCGAGACGUGUUGAGUCUGAUGCUCUCUCAUACUGGAAAAAAGUCACAAGAUGCCUCUGCAUCUGACUAUGUGGAACAGAUAUUAAAACUUAGUGUAGAGCCUCUGAAAAAACAUGAUAAGACCCGCACAAUCGGCGCAAGCAUCUGGAUGACCAGUAUAAUUGAAACCCUCAACAGUUACAUUCGUACUCGUGUCAGCUCCCUGGUUCAUAACAAAAUGCAUAGUUCUUUGGAUAUUAAUGAUACUGUAUAUGCUUCAAAGACCAUUGCCUCUGUUGGCUGUUAUGUGAUUGAAUCACUCGACAAAGCAAAAGAAGAAGUGUCAGAAAUGUUAGAAUUGGUCAGAAUAAUUGAAGAUGAAAAUGAGCAGAACAAAAUUAUUAUGGAUUUUACUACUGAAUUUAUAAAAGCAAACCAUGUCCUUGUACUGGCCCAUUUGCUACAGGAUUAUGUUCAUAAUAUUGGAUCUGCUGCAGAAUCUGUGGUCGAUACUGCUCAAUUAUCAAAGAAGCUUGUGACUCUCUCUUCUCCCUUUAUUCAAUUCAUGCAAGCAUCUCUUCGUCCGUCUACUUUAUUAAGCGCUGAAUUGAAAACGGAAGUGUUGAAUAUGACUACCGCAUUUAUCGCCGCAUUUUGUAUGACCUUGUCGCGUUACCAGCAAGUACAUACCACCAAACGUGUCAUUGCAGUUAUUUGGUUUGUGUAUUCUAUGGUUUCUAAAUCAGGAGAUCAAGCAUCAAUCGACUCCUUAUCGGCUACUUUCUCUGCAUGGAUUCAAACACUUUCUAAGGAAGAAUAUGAAAUUCUUAUCAAAAGCUUUAUUGAAGAAAGUGAAGAGGAGACAGCCCAGAAGGAUGAUAUUGAUCGAUUACACAGCCAUCAAGUAUUCUUGUCAUUACUGAAGCUUGUUGUGUUGAAUAGUACUGAUGCACAAAAAAAUAACCUAAAGAAAUGGAUUCCUAAAUUCGUUCUCAAACAGUCGCUGAUUGUUGGAAAGACACGAUCGUUGGAGCUUUUGUCUCAAACGAUAUUACUUCUUAUCAAUGUAACCUAUGAUAAUGAAUACUCGUUCUCAAGUUUUGACAUGUCGCUUAUCUUAUCUUGCCUACUCCAAAUUGCCAGUCCAAAUGCUCCCGAAAGAUUUGGUGACCAACUCAACAAGGAUAUUGUGUCUGCACUUUUCGACAAUUGCUGCGAUGUGCUUGCAAACAUUCUCCGUAACCACCGUGAUUCAUUAAUUGAUGUUAUGCCUACAUUUUUGGGUAUCAUACAAUCCCUCUUACACUGCUUCAAAUCUACCCAUCUUUCAUUGAUCACAAAGAAGAGAAAGUCGAUCGACAAGAAAAACGGUACAGACGCAUCAGAAUCACUUGUCGCACAUGGAAAAACAAUUGCUUUGUUUGCAAAAUUCGCUCCUUUAGAUGAUUCUUCUGCGGAAAAAUUUGCACGUUUACUUUCCCUCAUACCUCAAAAGAACCCAUCGAACCAGAAAUCCAAUAGUUCUGUAUCACUGGCGUUAUGGCGCUCGAUGCCAAGAUAUGUUCCAUAUGUAUUGAUGGAAUACUUUACUAUCCAGUCAAACUCUACCAUGAGCAUUGCAAGACCUCAGAUCAAGGCUAUACUAACUCCGAGCCUGUAUGAGAUCUUGGACAUGUGCACUGAUGCAGAUCGUAGUUUGAUCAUGACUGCAUUGGAUGGAUCUGGAAAGAGUCUAUUCAAAACAUUCUUUGCAAGCUGGAAAGAUACUCAUAAAUAUACUGGCCAGUAAUAGCUGCAAUUAUAGAACAUUGGCUAGUAUAUGUAACGUUUUAAUUUAUCCUUCACUUUUUUUCUAUCAUUUUUUUUUUCAUUUUAAACUUCAACCUAUUCUUACAUAAAUUACAGUCUUAAAAAACUGUCAAACCUUUUAGGGUACUC